CAGAGUGCAUUCUUCCUUUCGCCGUUGUUAUUGGAUACGCAUACGCGGUUGCUGUUGAGCAUGAGAAAACAUAAUUACGUAUGCGUGGUGUCCCCUACGAAACCAUGGCAAACCGCCCCCCUCGUUUUAUUUAACGAUUUUUUCUGCUUCAAUUUUCCAUUUUUGCGUAUUGUUUUUCUUUGCUUGCUCACCAUCAUUUCGCGUUCUGUCAAAUUGCACAAUGAAAGGGAUUGUUUUGGUUUUGUGAUCGUGCGCGUUUUUCACCGUCAGCUGUUGGCUAGAUUAGUUCCCUUGGAAAAGGAAACUUUCUCUUGAUUCAUCAAUUAAACACAAAACGUUUGCAAAAGAUGCGCGAACUGUACGACUUGAUAACCGGUAAAAAUAUCGACCAUCAAACGUUCGAAAGCGUCUCGACAAUCAUUCAGAAACGGUUCACCAAUGCGGGCAAUUGGUUUCAGGUCGGAUCAGCGCUUGCUUUGUUGCUGUUACAGAACGACAUAACAUAUCCAUUUAACCGGCUAGCGGGGAUCUAUGUGCUGUACGAUAUUCGGCGCAAAGAGCAGGCAGAGUCACCGUUUUACCUCUUUUUAGCUCGAUUUCUCGAACCCAUCGGCGGUGUAACACCGAACAACAGCCGGAGACAAAUGGUGGAGUUAAAACUUAUACACCUGCUGCUGUCAAACGGUGAUCCUGAGAUUGAUAAAAAGUCCCCGCGCAUCUUUUGUCAGGCUUUCGCUUCUCUGCCCACUCCGAUCGGACCGACUGAAAUAGUAUUUGUGAAGGCAAAAGCCACGGAACGGCUAAAAGAGUUCCCCCUCACCGUACGAUCGAACGUGGUGAAUGUCGUUCCAGCUAUUGCGGUUCUACCCGGUCGGGAACCGGCCCUGAAAAACUACACCGGACCGGCCAUUGAAGAGCUAAUCAACGGCAUGACACUGAGUCCGAGCAAUCCGCUUACGAACGCUCUUGGACCUACGUUUAUGUCCGUAGCGCCCCCACUGCUGACCUGUGAAGAUGAACUGAUUUGGCUUGAUUUGGGCAGCCCGUCCUACCACAAACCAGUGUACAACAGUUGCAGCGACGCAGAACCCACACCGGACAAAUGUUUGCAAACGCUACUUGAUCAGUCGUUCCGGCAAGCAUUAAGCAUUGCGGAUCAGCAAACGCUCGUGAACGAGCUGGAGAAGGACACGCAACAAACGCAUCUUUCGUGCGUUACGCCGGAAAAGCUUCCUAACUUAAUCGAAUACAAUCCAACGAUUGCGAUCGAAAUACUGAUGCGAAUGCUAAAAACGCGCCACAUCGAUGCUUAUCUGGACGUUAUCGUUGAGAUGGAACUGUCCCUCCAUUCGAUGGAGGUUGUGAAUCGACUUACCACUUCCGUCGAUCUGCCGGUACAUUUCGUGCAUCUGUACAUCGUGAACAGUAUCGGUACGUGUUCCACGAUCCGAGACAAGUACAUGCAGAAUCGGUUGGUUCGGUUAGUCUGUGUGUUUCUGCAAAGCCUGAUCCGGAACAAGAUCAUUGACGUGAAGCUGCUGUACAUUGAGAUCGAAACGUUCUGUAUUGAAUUUAGCCGGAUACGGGAAGCGGCCGCACUGUACCGUUUGUUAAAGCAGCUCGAGCUGGAUCAGGGUACCGUUGCAGGAAGCUCUGGUACGACAGCAGCAGGUGGCGUACAACCAUCGAAAGAAUCUUAGACGCUGGGAAAUAUGAAGCCACAAGAAGAAUAUAGAUGCGACAAACACAUAACUUAUCAUUUAAUCUACCUAGUGUAAGAAAUGUAAACGCUUAUUGUUAGAAGUAAAUUAAUGAACCAAU